ACCUCAGCGAGCACUUUUCCUCCCCUCAGCGGCGGCGGGCGAGCGGCCUGUCACAUCUGAGGCGGCGAUGGCGGGCAGGGGCGGCGGCGGCGGUCUAUUGCCCUUAGCUUUAUCCUCAUUCUUCUUCUUAUUUUUGUUGUGGCGGCGCGGGGCGGAGGCGGCACACAUUAAGAAAGCGGAGGCGGCGGCCUCCACGGAGCCCUCGGCUGCCGGCGGGGCGGUGACGCGCUACCUGGACGAAGCGGAGCUGGGGGCGUCGCUGCGUCGCUUGGCGGAGGACGAGGCCCCUCGCGGCUUGGCCAGGCUCUUCUCCAUCGGCCGCUCGGGCGAAGGCCGGGAGCUGUGGGUGCUGCGCCUCAGCGCCGACCUGCCGGAGCCCGGCGGCGGGAGCGGCGACGUCGGGGACCCGGUGGGCGGACCCCCCAUCCCGGGCCGCCCGCAAGUCAAGCUGGUGGCCAACAUGCACGGCGACGAGGCCCUGGGCAGGGCCCUGGUGGUCCGCCUGGCCCGCGAGCUGGUUGCGGGGUGGCUGCGCGGGGAGCCCCGGGCGCAGCGCCUCCUCAACGGCACCGACCUCUACCUCAUGCCCAGCCUCAAUCCGGACGGCUUCGCCCGCGCCGAGGAGGGCGACUGCGGCGCCCAGCAGGACCUCUCCGGGAGGGAGAACGCCAGGGGGAAAGACCUCAACCGCAGCUUCCCGGACCAGUUCGGGGCAGCCCAGCCGGACCUGGCCAACGUCCCCGAAGUGCGCGCCCUCAUGGAGUGGAUGCGGCGCAACCGGUGAGGGGGAGGCGGGGCUCGGUCGCAGGGGGCGGGGCUCGUGGCGCAGGGCGGGUCAGGCGGCUCCUGGGAGGCGGGGCUUUCUCGUGCUAAAUGAGUUGAUGUUCUGUUCGUGGGCGUGGCUUCAUUCGAACCGGGGCGGGGUCUCGUGCUGGGGCGGGGCUCAUGUUGCAGGGUGGGCUAGGCUUAUCUGGAGAGUAGGGCUUAAUCCUGUGGAAUAUGUUGAGGCAUUAUUAGCAUCCGUUAGUCACUUAUUAAUGACUUCUAAUUUUUAAUGCGAAAUUAAAACAUGGGGAUUCUCUGUUUUGGGGUGGGACCUCUGCCAUGGGCAUAGCCAGGAUUUAUGCUAGGGGUGCAGUUGCCCUCCCCCUUGGCUACGCCCAUGGGUUGUCCUAGAUACUUCAAUCUUUUGCUGGGCUGGGGUGGAGCCUAUUGUAUGUUGACAGGUGAUUUGGGGUGGGUUCUUAUUUAUUAGGCAGAACCAAGUGUCUCUUGGUGGGUGUGCUUUGCAUGGGGACAGGGUCUCCGUUCUGUAUGGAUCAGGCUUCUUUUCGGCAGGUUGGAAGGGACCGCAAGGGCCAUCUCGUCCAAUUUCCUGCAAAGCAGGAUUUUUUUUGCCCAACAUAGUACUCUUACCCACAAGCUUGAGAUUAAGAGUCUCGUCCUCUACCGACUAAACUAUCCUGCGGGCCCUUAUUGGUUGGCAGGGCUCAUUUGUGGUGGGAGGGCGCCAGCUUUAUGUGGUUGGGUGCAGCUUGCUUCUCUGGAAUUGUAGAGUUGUAGAGUUGGUCAUAGAAUUGUAGAGUUGGAAGGGACCCUUAGGGUCAUCCGGUCCAACCCCCUGCAGUGCCAGAAUCUCAGCUGAUUUAACUGGUAAAGUUCUGUAGAAUGUGUUACGGGGUGUGAAAACAAUCAGUAUCCAAGGAUCCCCAGGCAUGUACCUGCAGAUGAUGGAGAUGUCAGGCAUCUUCACUUGGUUGUAGGUGGUCAAAAGCCGGUGAAAAAUGUGCCUGGCUCCUGGCGAAUUUUGAAUGCUGUGACAGAUGGCCAUCCAAAAUCUGUUUAAAACCUCCAAGGAAGGAGAGUCCACCACCUCUCAUGGGAGUCUGUUUGUACAGCUCUUUCUGUCAGAAAGUUAUUCCUGAUAUUUAGUCGUAAACUCCUUUCUUGUAACUUGAAUCCAUUGGUUUGGAUCCCAGCCUCCAGAGCAGGGGAAAACAAGCUUGCUCCAUCUUCCAAGUUACAACCCUUUAGAUAUUUGAAGAUGUCUUUCAUAUUUCCUCUGUCUCCUCUUUACCAGACUAAACAUGCCCAAUUCCCUCAAUUCCUCAUAAGGCUUGGUUUCCACCCUUGAUCAUCUUGGUUGCCCUCCUCUGCACAUAUUUCAGCUCGUCAAUAUCCUUGAAUUGUGGUGCCCACCUCCAGGUGGGCCUGGGACCAAAACAAGACAGAAUACAGCGGGAUUAUUACUUCCCUUGAUCUGGACAUGAGACUUCUGUUGAUGCAGCCUAGAGUAACCUAAGUUCUUUUUAUUGCUGCAUGACACUGUUGACUCAUGUUCAGCUUGUGGUUUAUUAACACCCCUAGAUCCUUUUCACAUGUACUGCUGGCAAUUCACGCAGCUCCUGUGUUAUAUUUGUGCUGCUGGUUCUUCCUGCCUAAGUGUAGAAUCUUACAUGAUGCUUGGCAGGCCAGGCUUUUCCUUGGGGGCCAGGUCUAAUAGUGCUGAGCCACUUGAGCUUUCAUUGGUUGGCAGAGCUUCUUAGCUUAGGUGGUGGGAUCCCUACUGGGUGUUUCAGUCAGGGCUGGGCCUCAUCAUAUGCUGUCUAUGUUAUUUGGGGGUGCAGUGGAAGGUUUUAAGAGGUCCAUGGGUGGCAGUUGUUCUGUACUGGGUUGGGGACACUGGAUAAUUGGAUGUCUUGGCUUGUCCCUUUUUGAAGCCCAGGAGCUAGCUUAUUUUCUCAUGUGGGGAUGGAAGUAUUUUCUACAUUUUUGGCUGGAAACCAAAAAUCAGGAGGCAAAGCCUCAACUAGAUACUAGGGAUGAAAACAUUUAUUGAAAACUGAAAUUGUAUUUUGGUUUAUUGCCACACCAUUGCUGUUUUUCACACAAAAGAGUAAAUGUGGGAGAAAAUGUCAUGACCCAAAGAAGGUGACAUGCCAAAAUGUGUUGGGCAACUGUAAUUUUCCUCUCUUCAUUCCUGGCAUCCUCUUGAGGCUCAGGUGCUGUGUUGGUUAUUUUCCAGUUCCCUUGGUGCUAUCUGCUCUUAAUCCCCUUCCCUAUGUCACAAAGUGGAUUAAAGAAAUAAAAACAUAAUACUGUACUAUCAAAAAGAAACCAACAUAACAACUAAAUUAAGUUACAGAAACACCAGCAGUUAAACACAUUUCCAUCACCUGGUACUUAAAAACUGAGGUGAGACACCUUAACUAAGCCAGAUGGGACUCCUGGGAAGUAAGUUCCUUCGUGCUGUCAUGGAGAUAGCCUGGUCCUGUUUUAUGUCACCACCCUUAACAACUCUUAUGAUGAUUCUCAGUAUAGGUGGUCUUUUGUGGAUGAAGCCAGUUUCCAGGUGGCCUUCAUUGUUGUAAAGAACUGGGUAGGAGAUCUGGAGUGUGUAGUUAGAAAAGCCAUGGAGAGAGGAUUUUACCCUUGAAGAAGUAUCUGUGGUUAUGAUGGGACUUUAAAACAAUUUUUGAUUCUGAAGGUCCAAGGGAUUGCACAUUUUUGAUACAGUCGUAUCUUGGUUCUCGAAUGUAAUCCAUUCCGGAAGUCUGUUCAACUUCCGAAAAUUUUUGAAAACCAAGCCGCAGCUUCCAGUUGGCUGCGGGAGCUUCCUGCACUCAAGUGGAAGCCACGUCAGACGUUCGGCUUCCAAAAAAAAGUUUGAAAACCAGAACACUUACUUCCGGGUUUUCAGCGUUUGGGAGCCAAAACAUACGAGUACCAAGGCAUUUGAGAACCAAGGUACAACUGUACUGUGAGUGGUUAGGAUUUCUGGGCUGGUUGGGGGGUAGUUAUGGUUGGAGAAGAUGCUGUUUGUAUGGCUUGUCCCCUUUGCACAGGAACAUAUUGGCUACUGAGAGAACUGGGUUUGCUUGUGGCAAAAACAUGGUAAGAAGCAGUGUUGCCUUUGGUCACUGCAAAAUACUAUUCUUCCAAACUUGAAAUUUAUUAUCAUGCAGUGAUCUUGAUGUUCUGUUGAUGUUCUUCUGCCCGAAUGAAAACAAGAGCCCAAUAAGGAUUUGCGAAUGUGCUUGUUGCCGUUCUAAUGUACAAAAUCUGACUUCUUAUGUUGGGUGUCUCAAGAUCUUCCAUGUGACAAUGCACAUUCAAAUCUACAUUCUCUCAGCUCUAUCUGUUUAAAAUUGCCUCAGAUUAAAAUAACAGAAGCUGCUAAAGCUGGCUAAACAAGGCAGUCCUUUGUGUUGCCCUACUGCCUUGUUAUAGGGCUUAAAAAGAUUACAAUUGCAAUACUAUGUCACUGGUACAAAACCGAAUAAACAUCAAGCUUUAUGCAUGUUUUAGUUUAACAAUUUAUGAGUUGUUUUUCUUGAAUAGAAUGCAGUGCUCUGGUUGGUUCUCAGUAGUUUGUUAAAAUUGGGCUUUUCUGAUGUUGGCUGGUUUAGUAAAAUCCAAAUGCUUAAUAUCAAGUGCUUUUGGAAGGAACCCUAAGUUCCUUUAUCAGCUGAGAAGAAAGCUUAAAGACUGAUGUACAGUCACUUGUGACAGGGCUAAGGAAAUCUUUACUGUUUCCUAGGCACUUCCAUUUCCUAACUAGUCUGCAAACUUAAUUCCCAUCAGUCUGAAUCUCAAUUGGUGUUGACAAGCUUCUAGGAAUAGUCACCCUAAAAUUACUAUGCUUGUAGAUUCUGCUGCUUGUAACUUAUUUUUAUGACCUGGCUUCUUAUGUUUAGCACCCAGUUUGUUAGCCAACUUAAUUGUUGAUAAUGGUCUGAAUUGGCUUUCACCUCUAAUACUAGUUCCUUCAUUGUGAACUGUCUUUUAAAAUACGGGGGUUGGUGUGGUCCCCCCUUCUAAACGCAGCACUCUGUAAACUGCAUCACACUGACUCAGAAAUCAUCUUCUCUUGUUGACAAGUUUUUUUGCAGUUUCUAAAAAGAGCCACCAUGUUUCCUCCAAAUGUUGAUUGUGCUGCUUCAUUAAAGAAAUUUAGUGUGAUGGGAUAAAACAUGCCACAUUAACCUAAUUGCAUCUUUACCCUGCAGUUAUCUUUUCUGGUUCUGAUGACUGUUGUGCUUCUGUUGAAAACAGGUUUGUGCUUUCCGGGAACCUGCACGGGGGAUCUGUUGUUGCAAGCUAUCCAUUUGAUGACUCCGCUGUGCACAAGACCUCUGGGGUGUACAGCAAAUCUGCUGAUGAUGAGGUAUUCAGGUAUUUGGCAAAGGCUUAUGCAUCAAACCAUCCAAUAAUGAAAACCGGCACCCCAAACUGCCCUGGGGAGGAAGAAGAAACUUUCCAAGAUGGCAUCACCAAUGGUGCUCAGUGGUACGACGUGGAAGGUAGGCUGCUCAAGUGAACUACUUUACUAGUGUCUUCCAAAAGAAUAGCAUGUUGCUCUUUAUUGUCACUUUACUGCUGCUGGAAUCCUGCAGGCAGCAUCAAGGUGAUGACAUGAUUGGUGCUGUUUAUUGAUUCUUUGUGUUUGCAUUUCAUAUGUCAUUCAACAAAAGCUAUGUAAAGAAAAUGCCUGGCUCAAUUGUUGUCAAACAUUUUUUUAAGAUUUAAGCAAACUUUUAUCGCUUGCUUUGGCACAUUGCAGCUAGCUAGCUAGCUGUCUGUCUGUUGGUGUUGCCUAAUUUUGUUUUAACAGGAGAAGCCUUCUCCCAGAUUUACAAUGAAUUUAUGGAGCUCUACUGUGUGCCAUCCUUUUACUGUUGAAUAUGACCUGUAAGACGUAGGUUGAUGGGUAUAGAUACUCCAUUGGACUUGAGGCUGCUUUGCUUGAGCAUGUGGCUUUUGAGCUGCCUUUGGUACUAGAGUUGCUUGUCUGCAUUCAGAGUACUGAAUUUGUCUGUAGCUGUCAUGCAGAGCCCUCCUAAAUAUGCUGACUUGAAAGUAAGCAUUGCUGAAUUCAUUUGAACUUCACGACUAACUGGUGCCUAACUUUGCUUGUUUUCCUGUUCGGUCCCACAUUCUCUUUCCCCUUUUUUUUGUAUUUUGCCUAUUAUGCUGUAAGGCUGCAGGCAAGGAUUGUGUUUUCCUUGAUCUCUGUAAAGCUGUAAUUUGAAAAAAAAUGAGGCAUUUGAAAAAUUAAGUUCCCAAGAAAGUUUGCUUAGAAUUGCAACACGUGGUACAAAUGAAGAGAACCCAGGGGCCAAUCUUCCAAAACUUACAAUUCCUAGGUUGCAUAAAAUAACUUCACUUUUGGGGAUUUAACUCUGAUAGAAAAAAAUUAUAGGGUCCUCCUGUGGGAGUGAAAUCCAGGAUAGUAUGUUUGCCUUUAUUUCCACACCUGAUGGUGAGCUUCUGAACUUUACUGAUGGCUGAGCAUAGGAUUUACAUGGCUUUGAAAUGGUAUUUAACCUCAUCAGAAGUAAUUUGGGUCUGUCACCCACGUUAAAACACAGCUCAAAAAGUAGUAUCAGUUACAUUAGAAAGGUUUUUAUGAUAGUUUUUCCACACAGAUUUACAGUGUCAAAGCUAUGAGUGUUUACUUAAAUUUUUUUGACAUGCUAAUCAAAUUUGAAAAGCAUAUUGCACUGUUCCUUUUUAGACCCACAUUUCUUCUGGUAUUUUUUCUUACCUAAAACCAUCUGCAAAAUACUUGCAUUAAUUGCUUGUAGAUAAUCUCAUUUUUUCUUAUUUAAAGUAUUUUUGCCCCAUUCUUUAACGUAAAAGGUUUCCUGAGUGGUUGCAAAGAUCAGUAAUAAAAUAGUUCUUGUUCUCAGGCUUACAGUCUAAAAUACAUAACACAAAAGAAAUUAGGAGGGAGGAGAGAAAAAGAAACACAGACAAACGCUAGUUUUUAGUGUUCUUACAGUGGCCAGCUGGAAUGGAAGCAGUUCAAAGAGAGGAACACCAAAAGUUAUUGGUCUCUCAGUUGAGCCUAAGACAGGGGUCAGCAAUCUUUUUCAGCCGUGCGCCAGUCCACUGUCCCUCAGACUAUGUGGUGGGCCGGACUUUUUUUGGGGUGGGGAAAUGAAUGAAUUCCUAUGCCCCACAAAUAACCCAGACGUGCAUUUUAAAUAAAAGGACACAUUCUACUCAUGUGAAAACACACAGAUCCCUGGACCGUCCGCGAGCCAGAUUGAGAAGGCAAUUGAGCCGCAUCUGGCCCCUGGGCCUUAGGUUGCCUACCCCUGGCCUAAGAGGUGGCCCUCCCUCCCUUCUCUCACUUGCUGUAGCCUGAUAGAAGUUGACUUUUAAAGUCAAGCCAGAGCUCGUUAUACUUGUCCUUCCCCUGACAUUUCUUUUGGCUUGUCAAAAUUAUUUGGUCAACUAAUCACUACAAUAUUUGCUCAACAACAACAAAGAUACUUCAAACAUCAUCAGAUUUUAUGCCAAACUACCUUAAUUUUAGAAUUACAAUUGCGGUUAACAUUAAAAAUGAAAAUUAUGUGUAUUGUGAAUUAUUCAUGUCUAUAGCAACCCUGCCCAGCAUUUAACUAAUUUUGUUUUUAUAAUCAACAUAAGUAUCAGAUGUGUUGAUGGAUAAACAUCUCUCUUUUGUCCUAGUAGCAUUAAACUUUUUAGAAAUACUGGACCAGUCAUGUGAACACAUCUUAUUUUGGCUGGCCACAUGCCUAACUAACUGUUCAAAUAAAGGUUCUCCUUCAUGCUGUUUACCAGUAGUUGCCAACUCUUUUCCUGCUUCCUUUCCACUACAGACACACCCAAAUUGUGGUGGAAGCUCUGGGUUUACUAAAUCAACAGCAUUUCACAAGCCGACAGAAUGAGUGAAUGUUUGUGAAGCUGUACACUUGUCAUUUAAUUUUGAACCAGGAUAUCCUGAAGGGACUAAGUUAAUUCACUCUUCACAGUGGCAAGUUCUGCUCAAAAGUUCAGGGUUGCAUCCAAAUAAAUUUUACUCAGAAACUCAUUGAAAUUAAUGGAUGAUAAGCUAGUCAUGCUCCUUAAUUUAAAUGAGUCUGCUCUAUGUACGACUAAUGUAUGACCACCCCCACCAUUCAACCUAGACACUGAGGUCCAGCGCCAAGGGCCUUCUGGCAGUUCCCUCACUGCGAGAAACAAAGUUACAGGGAACCAGGCAGAGGGCCUUCUCGAUAGUGGCGCCCGCACUGUGGAACACCUUCCCAUCUGGUGUCAAAUGGAUAAAGAACUAUACAACUCUUCUUCUUCUUCUUCUUCUUCUUCUUCUUCUUCUUCUUCUUCUUCUUCUUCUCUUCUUUGGCGAUUACUUGUAGCCGAGUAAGAUUGUCUUCCAUAAACACGGUUUUAACAAUGAGUCCGUAAGUGACUGUGGAGGCCAAUUCCACACGUCCUUGCACAGUGGUCUCCACUUGCACCUUGGUUUCCAGGUGGGAGCUGAUCAUGGUGUGGAUUUGCCAAGCGUGCCUUCCUCCUAGCACGUUUCUCCCUUGCGUCCUGAGUUUGAAUGUCUUCAAAGCCCAUGACACCUUUGGUAAAGGCUGUUCUCCAACUAGAGCGCUCUCAGGCCAGUGUUUCCCAGUUGUCAGUGUUUAUACUACAUUUUUUUAGAUUUGCCUUGAGACAGUCUUUAAGCCUCUUUUGUUGACCACCAGCAUUACGCUUUCCAUUUUUAAGUUUGGAAUAGAGUAGUUGCUUUGGAAGACGAUCAUCAGAAGACAUCUGAAGGCAGCCCUGUUUAGGAAAGUUUUUAAUCACUUAUGUUUUAAUGUACUUUUAAUCUUUUGUUGGAAGCCGCCCAGAGUGGCUGGGGAAAAUAAAUAAAUUAUUAUUAUUAUUAAUGGUGGAUAGAACCCUCUGUUAGGUAGAAUAUAGGUUCGCCAACAGUAGCAUCCCCUGUGUGAGCUCCUGCAGGAAGCCAGUUUGAUUCCCAAGUUUGUGAGGGCUUCCUUUUUGCCAAGCAUAAGCUGCAUAACUUUCUAACCACCAGGAAAAUGUUGUCAUUUUUGUUGUUUGCAGGCUGGCCAUGACCUUCCAUGUUUUCUGGCUGAUGAGCGAUAAGGUUUGCUCUCAUCUCCUAUCCCUGAUGUAGGUUCUUUAGUUCAGAUGUGACUGCUUUAGUUUGGUUGGUUUGCCUGGUGCUGCCAUUUCACUUGCACAUUCAUCUGUGUAUUGCCUGCUUGAACUGAAGAUUAUUAUGUAUUUUUUUAGUGGCUAUCUCAAGGACCACGUAUUCUGCCUGGCUUUUAAAGAUUUGGUGAAUCAGGUUCACUUGGUUGCUAAUGUCAGGUGGUUAGUGGCCUGUGGAAAUGCCAUAGAAACAUAUUCCCUUGCAGUAUCUAACCACUAGUUAAAAAGUUUUUAUUCAUCUCCUAAACAUGCAUAGAAUCAUAUUGUUAGUGUGAUUUCAGUGGUGUUAGAACACUUUCACUGUGUGGAAAACAGGAAACUAAGCAAUGCCUUUUGGUAAGAGGUCACCACCAUGAAUGUGAUGUAAUGGGAAUUCGUAGUCUGAAGAUAAGCAACAAUUAGUGUAGAUUUUCGGAAGGGGAACAGGUUCACACUAAGGCCACUUCCUUCUUAAUUCCCUUCAGAUAUUUUUUCUGCCUUAAAAACUUGGUACUGUAUAACCCACUCAUUUUAAGUGUGCAACUGCUGAAAUAGAGCUGGCAGGAGGAGCUAAAGGCUAUCUAGGGAAAUGGCCAUUAACUGUCCAGUUAAGUUCAUCUCUUACGCACCAUACGCACCACAUUUUCUCAGAUUUGUCACUUACUAAAUGAAUUGCACACUAACCCAAAUGUUGUAACUCUUCUGAGCAGAAUCUUUCUGUUACUUGGCACUUUCAAAGGUGCAGAGUCACAUGAGCUUGGAUGGGAAGGCUUUUUUCCUUCGGUCAUAUUUCACUAACCUUGUUAACAUUCUUUUGUGUCUACCUCCCCUCCCAAGCCACAAAAAAAGCAACAAUUUUGUCUACUGAAGAGUUGCCUUUGGUCUUGAUCUGUUGCAAUCAACCUUGCGCUGCAGUUUCUGGUAAUGUGAAGAACCAGCCAGCUCAGUGUUGUGGUUGGUGAGUCAGUCUAGGACAGGGAAACCCUGGGGUCGGCCCUGUAUACCUGAAGGAGCUUCUCUACCCCCCAUCAUUCAGGUCAGACACCGAGAUCCAGCUCUGAGGGCCUUCUGGCAGUUCCCUGAUUGUGAGACGUUAGGUUACAGGGAACCAGGCAGAGGGCCUUCUCAGUAGUUGGCGCCCACCCUGUGAAACGGCCUCCUGUCAAUGUCAUUGAAAUAAACAGCUAUCUGACUUUUAGAAGACAUCUGAAGGCAGCCCUGUAUAGGGAAGUUUAUGGUAUUUGAUGUUUUACUGUGGUUUCAUAAUUUGUUGGAAGCUGCCCAGAAUGACUGGAGCAACCCAGUAAGAUGGGCGGCAUAGAAAUAAUAAUAAUAAUAAUAAUAAUAAUAAUAAUAAUUUUUCAAAUCCCUACUUUACCACAAAGCUUACUGUAGGACCUUCUCUCUUAGCCUAGCCUAUAUCACAGGGUUAUUGUAAGGAUAAAAAUGGGAUGAGGGCAAACUAUGUACACUGCCUGAAGAUCCUUGAAAUAAAGGUAUGGGAUGUUUAAUAGAAUAUUUUUUUCUCCUCCAAGGGAAUAAAGCUUGUAGCUUGCUUUCCAUAGAGCGCUGCCUUCCAAAGAGAUGCCUUGCUUGUAUAACAUGAGUAUCUUGAAGAGCAUUAUACUGUGUAACAAAUAACAGAAAGCCUUUGUCACUGUGGUACUGAAACCCAUAUAAGUUUACAUAGGCAUUUAAAGAAUGAUAUGCUGAUCUGGCCAGUGUCCCUUGGGACUUCUAAUCCUGUUUAUCACCAAGUGCUGAACUGCCGGAGGUUAAGAACACAGAAGAUCCUGUCUGAUAAAAUUGCUCUGAAAAGAAGUAAAAUGCCUUUAUUUUAUUUAUGUAUUAAUUAAAUUUGUAUAGUGCCCUUCAUCCAAAGAUCACAGGGCAAUUUACAGCAUAAUAAUACACAGAAUACAUAACCAAACCAAUAACAGCCCGCCUACAACGAACACAUUUAAAAGGCCAUAGAUUGUUUAAUCAGCCAAAGGCCUGAUUAUAGAGGAAGCAAUUUUCUCUGGUGCCUAAAGAUGUAUAAUGAAGGCACCAGGCAAGUCUACUGGGGGAGAGCAUUCCACAAAUGGGGAACCACCCUAGAAAAGGCCUGUUCUCGUAUUGCCAGCCUCUGGACCUCUCAUGGAGGGUUGGUUGAAGGGAUAGACUGUGGUGGUGGUGGUGGUGGUGAUGCUGGCCAGGUACUUGCAAGAAGUGAGGGAAGCAUGGCUUCUGCUUUAAUCACAUUCUGAGCUUUUUCUGACAAUGUGGCUAGAGAUGGCAAAUAAGAGAAGCUGCUGGAUCCUCAGUUCUGUUUGCCUGUAAAGGGUUGGGGUAUUUACCUAUUAAAUGUGUUACCUUCUAUGUUCCAUUCCAGAGCCAAAGCCACAGCACCUGGGUUUUGCUUUUGGCUUAAUUUUCUCCCCCACUUCAGUUAAAGACACUGAGUUUUUCUAGUCUAGUAAGAUAACUGAUAAUACACUAUUUGGACACCUCUUAAGAUAUUGCAACCACCUUUUGCAUGAUGGUUCCUGAGUUCAAUGAAUUGGUUUUCAGCUGUGUUUGGAUACAAUUGGAUGCUAUUUUGAAUCAAAGUGGCAGACUGAUUUCAAAACUGCACUGGUUCCCCCCCCCCCUUAGAAUACAUAAGCAUUGGAAAGUAAAAGGCUGCUAGUUUAAAAUAAUGUAAAGAAAUACUGCUGAUGGCAGAAGUCUCUUGAGUGAUAGUACUUUAAUACUUCCCUUUAAAUUCCUUAGGUGGCAUGCAGGAUUAUAACUACUUGUGGGCCAAUUGCUUUGAAGUCACCUUUGAGCUUUCCUGCUGUAAAUACCCACCAGCUUCGCAGCUUGAGAAGGAAUGGGAGAAUAACCGGGAAUCUCUUCUCACCUUCAUUGAAAAAGUAAGACAUUGUUUUGGCCCUUUUGCAGGCUGUUUGAAAUGUGAAAUGCUUCCAUCUGUCUCAUGGACAUGUACUUGUGUUGAAAGGUGAUGACCUCAUUCACAGGCAUUGGGGUUUCAUUUCCUGUAAGUGUUGAGUGUGCCUCAGUUGCACCCUAGGCCAAUCAGACAAAGCUCACAAAAUGUGAUAUGACUGAUACCUACAUUUUCUGGAAACAACUGAAUACAUGUUUGUCCUGAUUGGGUUUUUUUCUCAGUCGGAUUAGUAGGUCUCUGCCAUGGGUAUAAUAUUCUUUAUUUUAUUUAUCUUAUUUUAUUUUAUUGGUUUGUUUCAUUUAAAUACAUCUGCUGGGGUUUUUUGUUUUUGUUUUGGCUAUUUUUAUUAAACUUCACCCUUGAGAGACUUCUGUGGAAAGCGAUUUAAAAAAUCAAUAACGAUAAUAACAAAUGAAACAAGCAGAUACUAGGAGUUGUCUCCAAUUAAUUUCUACUCAGAGGAGACCCACUGAAGUUAUUAAACUUAAGCUAGUCAUAGCCAUUAAUUUCAACGGGUCUGCUCCAAACAGGACCAACAUUGAAUACAACCCAUAUUUAUGACCAAGCAACAGUCAGGAAAUAUCUCUGAUGCAUGUUUUAUUUUGUUUCUAAUCAUUUUCUUUCACCCUAAACAAGAGGUGUGUCCAUUAAGCUAAUGUUGCCUGCCCUCUUUUUGCCCUCAGAAUUGUGGCAUUGGUUCAGUAUAAACCUUCCUGUUGAUGGUUGUUGCUGUAGAUGUGGUUUGAAAGGCUUCUUCUGUGUGUGGUGUGGUGUUUUCAAGACAGAGAGAGCAUUCUAGUCAAACAGCAUCCAUUUUGAGACAGGCCUCUAAGCAAAAGCAAUUGCAACUAAAAAAAGUAAGACACCUUUCCCCUAAAGUGGCGACUGGGUGUCUCCAUCUGCAGUUGCCUUUUGCAAGCCUGAUAAAAAGAGCACAAGUUGUCUUUUGCUGCUGUUUUACAGAAUUAUGUCACAGGAUUGAAUGGCACUCUCUGUUCUAUUAUAGUGGAAGUGUAUGGGGGACAAAUGCAGCCUCUUUUUUCCCUACAGAUAAAGGAAUGGGAAAUGCAAGCAUAGUUACACUAAUCUGCAGCAGCAUCUCACAUUUCAGACAGAUCUAAAUGCUGAUAGCCGAUACUCUUUUUUGUCUUGUCUACUUAAUAUUCUGUAACUCAGAUAAUAAAAAGUGAUUCAGAAAAGCAUAAAUGCACUUUCAAGUAACACACAAAUAUGCCAGUCUCUAAUUCUGUUUGUGCAUUGGAGGUGCAGUUUUUAUAUAUUGGUGGAAAAGGCUGUAUUAUGUGUGUCAUUGUUUGCCUAUGAAUUUAAUAGCACUAUGUACCUUUCAUAGUGAACUCUAAGCAUGAAAUGAGAAGUUUUAUAGAGUAAAAAAAACAGCAACAACUAUGGUGAUGAGUCAAAGAAUCAUAUUGCUCUUCAAUGAUGUGCCUGUCUUUUGAUCUAUUUCAUGUUUAAUCUGUGCAGGUUCACAUUGGAAUCAAAGGGUUUGUGAGGGAUUUGGUGACUGGGGCUGGCUUGGAAAAUGCAACUAUUGCUGUGGCUGGGAUUGAUCACAACAUCACAACUGACUGGUUUGGUGACUAUCACAGACUGCUGGUGCCUGGGACCUACAACAUCACAGCUGCUGUCAUGGGGUAAAGUCUCUGAUGCUGGCAAAGACACUGUGCUGCUGUCUCUUGCACUUGGCAAGGCCGCUCCUAGUUGGAAGCUCCUUCCCUGAAACAGUAGAAGCCAUUCUUGCUGCCUUGUCUCGUAUCACCCUGAACCGUUUGCUCAUAUUGCUUUAUGCAAACAGAAGCAAGAGGCAGGCCAAGUCCAAGGGCAAGGAAGGGCUCAUUGAGUUCCCAUGAGAAUUAAGCACCCUUCCUACCCUUAACUGUGCUUUGUAGAUAAGGUGGAGAGACCUCUACGGUGACAAGCCGUUUUGGCUCAGCAAACAGAAUUGGGUUUUGACAUGGGGACCCUGGGAUUGGAUACAGAAAUUAAGUAGGUGGCCUUGUGAUCUUUCAGCUUCAGUUUUCCAUUUGUGAAAUGGGAAUAAUCAUGAAGAUGAAGUGGACUUUCUAUUAAAAACCACAUUUUACCAAGUAUUGAAUGACAACAAUUCUGUUCAUAUUUACCCAAGAGUUAGUUCCACUGUAUCCCGUGGGACUCUCUUCAUAGCAGUUGUAUGUAGAUACAGCCUGAAUGUUGUAAUAUGUCUUCCUCCAGGUGCUGAUGGCCUUGAUUUCUGAACUGAAAGGUUUUUCCUGGGAGGGGGUCCUCAGGAUUGUUUUCAGGAAGUUUCUAAUCUUCAUGCUGUCUGAUCAUAAUCAGAGUUUUAGUUAGCCCUUCCUAGGUGAGGCCAAGCAGAUUGAAAGUUCUUGUAUCCAUUUCUUUUGCAGCUACCUGCCAGUCACCAAAGUGAACGUAGAAGUCAAGGAAGGGAAUGCAACUGUUGUGGACUUCUCUUUGCAACCUUCAAUAGCAGUGCCGGCCUCUGACCCAACCCAGGAUGUGCCACUAGCCACCACAGAGUCUGUUACCAACACCACCAACACCACUGAUGCAAAUAGGACAACUUCCUUCCACCAAGCGAUCCAACCAGAGGAAUUCCGCCAUCAUCAUUUCCCUGACAUGGAGAUCUUCCUGAGGAAAUAUGCCACCGAGUACCCAAAUAUUGCUCGCCUCUACUCAGUUGGCAAGUCGGUGAAGCAGCUGGAAUUGUAUGUCAUGGAAAUAUCUGACAACCCAGGCAUCCACGAAGCAGGUAAUUUAGCCUAUGGCUCUCUUGCUUCUAUGAAUGUGUUUCCCAGGGCUGUGGUGCUGUGGUCUAAAUGACUGAGCCUCUUGGACUUGCUGAUCAGAAGAUCAGCGGUUUGAAUCCCCGUGACAGAGUGAGCUCCUGUUGCUCUGUCCCAGCUCCUGCCAACCUAGCAGUUUGAAAGCAUGCCUGUGCAAGUAGAUAAACAGGUACCGCUGCGGCGGGAAGGUAAACGGUGUUUUUUGCGCUCUGGCACUUGUCACAGUCGUCCAUGUGCCAGUAGCGGUUUAGUCAUGCUGGCCACAUGACCCAGAAAACUGUCUGUGGACAAACGCAGGUUCCCUUGGCCUGAAAGUGAGAUGAGCGCCGCAACCCCAUAGUCACCUUUGACUGGACUUAACCAUCCAGGGGUCCUAAAAAAAUAUUGGUGUGCUUCAAUAGAAACUUUGGAGCAAAAAAGAUACCAUUGUCUUUGAUAUUCCUCCAAGGGUGCAGGCACUAGAGCACCGCAGAGGCAGCACUGACACUCCAAUCUCUGAAGGUAUAAGAGAAAGCAUUUAACUGAGCUGGGUUUGUGUACAGCUGGCUGAAGCCGCCUUGUUCCUGUGGCUCCUCCUAUCCAGGUAGCAUUCUGCAGGUAGCAUCUCUAAAGAUGUAGUGCUUUCUUCCAGUGAGCUCAGCAGAAUAUGAUUACCUGCCUUAUUCUGAGUCAAGCCAUUGGUCUAUCUAAUUCUGUGUUGUCUACACUCACUGACUGUGGCUCUCCAGGAUUUCAGGCAAGGAUUCUUUUCCAGCCUGACCUGGAGGUGCAGUUGUGGAUUGAACUGGGGACUUUCUGCUUGCAAAUAAACAAUCUCCUUGCAAAAAAAGGAGCCUCUUAGUAUCAGAUACCUUGUCCUGGGCUCCACAGGAAGCUGUUGUUGCUGGUUUUGCAGAAUACUGGUACUUCAGAUAUCUUUUGUUCUUCCCAUUUCCUUUUUAUCUUAAAACCUCAGGAGAUCUUUCUCUGUCUCUCUCUUAAUACAGUGCAGUACUGAAAUGGUUAAUUGCAAGUGGGGAAAUUAGCCUCAUUAACUAGUCAACUGCCAGCUACUGGUUCUCUUUCUGCCUUUUUAAGAUUUUGGAGAUGGGCUAUCAAAAUAUUUAUUGUCAAGUCCUAAUUCUCUGGAACAUGCUAUGCAAGUCAAAACUUGUCAGGAAGCUCUUUUUUGUAAUAAGAAUUUGUAACAGAGACUUCUUCAGUUAAAUAAUGACAGGGGAGGGGGAUUGUAAUUUAGAGACUGAGCUUGAUUUAUAGAUUGAUUUUUUUUUUGUUCUACAGCUUUAGAUUUUAUUGGGACUCCUUUGGGAUUCUUGAGUUCUGUUUCCUAAAUGCAAGUUCUAUUAUAACUUCUGUUGAAUAUAACUAGCCCAUUAUUUUUGCUUAAAUGAUGGCUACACUGGGUUUGAUUCUCCUUGUUAUUUCAGAAAUGAUAGUCCAGAAUUACUUAUCAUUUUAAGUGUAUAUGUUUGGGUAAGAAUAUACAAGACGGUUCAAGAAAUAAAUAGCUUAUAAAUAUGAUGUAUGUAGGUAUGUAUGUUUUUAAAAGAUAACUUUGGAUAAAAUCCAAUGUUUGGCGUACUUGGAGCAAACCCAUUUAAAUCAAUUGACUUAAGUAAUGACCAUUCUUUAUAAUGGAGCUACUCUGAGCAUGACUAACAUUGGAUAUCCCCCCUUACGUUUUGGCCAUUUGAUAUUUUCAUGGUUUUUUACAGUUGUCUGUCUCCCCUCUCCAUCAUUGUGACAAUGUUCUCACUGAUUAUUCAGUUGCUGCUAUUUACACUUCUACUUCCCCAGGAAAGAUGUAAAAUGUGUCUGGAUGGUGUGUUUGAAUUUUACAAUGAUUCUCCUUGAGACUUUCCAAGUUAUUGUUACUGUGAUCAUUCAAAGAAAUUCAAAGAAAAGCAAAUUAUGACACAUAGGAAGUAAGAAUGCUUGCAUCCAUUUUUUUGGUUCUGUAUCGUGGCUUCAACUAAUUUACUGUAGUACCAAAGGAAUUCCUUUACUGCCAAGGAAGGGGCUGGUUGAGGCUAUAUUAUUACUUCCUUUUUUUGCUGCUUGCACAUUUUUCCCUGUGUGUGUGUGUUCACAUUCCUUGAAUCUGCAAUACUUGAAUAGUCCAGUAAAUGUAAGACUGACCUUUAAAAUUACUUGAGACUUGCAAAAAACACAAUGCCCAGCUAAAGACAUAAUGGGUCAUUUCUUCCCCAGUUGUUGGAAAUGGCUGGAAAGUCAACAGUUGACUGACACGGUCAUAUCUUUGCUCCUGUGGGGUCGAAGUGUGUCUCCUUUUUUUCCUAAGUUAGCUUUUUUUUAACAUUUAAUAGGGCAAUGUGUACAUCUUACCAGCACAAUAAUAAUGAAAACUACAAAAGGAAAACACAACCCUCUAACAGUUGUGAAGGGGUGAUUAACUUGUGGUCUUCCAGAUGGUGUUGGACUCCAAACUCCCAGCAGCCCCGGACUUCCGGGGUGGUGCCAUCGGUAAUGGCGGAUUCCCUCUGACUCGGAGGGGACUGGCUCUGCGGAAAUCGGGUCUGCACCGCUACGGCGAAGCGGGGACCCUUCAAAAAUCACAGGCGGGUGAAGCCUGUGACCGUGGGACUCGGCGGGCACCUUUUGCGCCCCCCCCCAACUUGCAAAGGAGCCCGAUUACGGGUUCCGGAGCGGAGCGGGGAAGUGGCGCGGUGCUGUGAGUCAACUGCUUCUUCCGUGGAGCGAAGCCGCACAGCCGUUACCGGAGAGCGCUGCCUUUUUCCUGGGACAAUUUGGCUACAAAACAACGAUCUGUGAGUAGGCUAAUUUUGGAAAUAAAGGAACAAAGAAGUAAUUUGGCAUCGAAGCGGAGAGGCAUAAACAGGAAGUCUGCCUUCCGUUUUUUGUAAAUAGAGUAAAGCAAUGAACUUGUAAGCGGAAACCUUGAAAGACGUUGGAAAAGGAUUAUAAUUCUAACAUCAACUAAGCGAUUUCCCCCCCCUUGAUUGCAGGGGAGGAGGGGGGAAAGGUCUGAACUGUAUUUCCCUGCAAAAAGAGAGAAAAGGAAGCUAAAAUCCACCGCUUAGAACCUGGGAACGGAUUGCCAGUGAACAAUAAGAAUGCCGUACUGUGAAAUGCGCUGUUGCUGAAAGUACUCUUUGACAGUUAACUCUGCAAGUGAGAUACAACUAAGAUACAAUAUUUCUGGCUGGCUUCUCCUGGUUUUAAAGUAACUGAAAAUAAUUGAGAUUGAAACUGUCGUCUUUUGUGAAUUGGGGGGCUAAAGGAAAAAAGGUUAAUUACUUUAAGACAAUAAUUUCUGACUGCUACUGUGUCCCCCUAGAGGAAGUUUGAAAUUGUUACAAUAGCAGCUGGGCCAGGGGAAUUUUCCACUUCAAAACAAAUUCUGAUUGUGAGAUUGACCUUGGGCCUUAUCUAGAGUGUUAUGGCAGAUGGAAAGGAGAAAAUAGAUUUGCUACAGGAAAAACAACGAGGUCUGGCAGAUUAUUUCGUACAGACGGUGGGUUGCAGCGAAGAGCAUCGACAUCUGGUCCUUCUGGUCCUUCUGGAUUACCAACAGGAGCCGCAUCGGCACAACCUAAACCCAAAGGAAUGGCAUCUGAAGAUGCUUUGGCUCAGGCACUAGGUAAAAUUAACGAAUCUUUGGAAAGAAUAAGUAAACAAGUAGCUGAAGCAUCGGGCAAAAUUGAUCAAAAUACCACAAGUAUUAAUAAUUUGGGACAGAAGGUAAAUACCAACACAGAAACCAUUCAGAAAUUACUACAGGAAUCUACCUCGACACGAAAGACAGCUGAAGAGGCAAAGGAAAUAGCAACUGCUGUAGAAGAGAAGAUACCACCGAUACACAAACAACUUGAAGACCACAGGUCAAUAUUGUCUAUGAUUGAGUUGAAGGAGAAACAAACGAAUUUGAGGAUCAGGGCCGUACCUGAACUUGAGAAAGACAAUCUGACUGAUUUUCUUAUGCAGGAAUUUGCAGACUUUUGGGACCUAGAUUUGGAGAAGGAAGGUUUCAAGAUAGUGAGUGCUUUUAGGCUUGGAAGAGGAGGGAGGAAGAACAGGGUGAGAGACUGUUUGAUCACCCUCCGAACAAAAGAGGAGAGAGACAAAAUCUUGAGUCUGCAUAUCCAGAAGACUUUGGAAAUUCAUCAGUCAAAAGUAGAGAUAUUUAAGGACAUUCCGAAAUAUCUUCUGGACCUUAGGUCCAACUAUAGAGAUUUGGUCGCCCUGUUGAGAAGCAACGGAAUCAUUUUUAGGUGGGAAUUCCCCCCAAGGCCUAUCCUUUAGUUACAAAGGGAAGAAGAUAAAAAUAAGAUCAGAGGACGACAAAGAUAGAUUUUGGAGAGACCACGGAGAAGACCUGCAGAAGGAAGCUGCAGAAGAGUUAAGAGCACUAGUAAGUGAAACUUUAGACAUACCAAGAUUACCUCCUGAACUAAAAGACCGCCUGGAGAAGGUGAUACCACCGACAGAUCAGGAACAGGCACUGGGUGCAGUUGGAGGAGAAGCAAAGUAUUACAUCAUGGCUCUGCAACUAUUAAGCUGGAAUUGUAAUGGUCUGAACUCCCCUCAGAAAAGGAAAUCUGUGUUUCAUUUAUUAAAAAAGGAACAAUUGGACUUGAUUUGUCUACAGGAAACACAUGUAACAAGGCUACAUAGGAAAGUAUUGAUUAAUAAAAGACUGGGUCAGGAGUUUAUUUCUUCGGACAAGGUUAAAAAAAGAGGGGUAGUGAUUUAUGCAAAGGAGAGACUAUUACCGAAAUUUAUCUUCAAAGAUAACCAAGGAAGAUUUGUGGCAAUUGAAAUUCAAACACAAGGAGAGAAAUUUUUGAUAGUAGGAGUUUAUGCACCAAAUGAGGGGAAAUCUGAAUUUUUUAAAAAGUUGCAUGAGACCUUGAUGGACUAUUUGGAUUAUAAUGUGAUUUUGAUGGGAGACAUGAAUGGAGUGGUAUCUACACACAUGGAUAAGGCACAAAGACAGGUAGUCACUAAGGACGGCAGAUUACCGAAAACUUUUUUUGAGAUGACAGACAACUUGGACUUAGUUGAUACUUGGAGAACAAAGAAUCCCUUGGCCAGAGAGGGAACCUUCUUCUCUGAAGCCAAACUGACAUGGACAAGAAUUGACCAAAUAUGGGUAACUAGAGGAAUGGCACCAAAGAUAAGAAAAGUGGAAAUCUGCCCAAAAACCUGCUCCGACCAUAAUGCUGUGAAGAUGGAGAUGAAAUUAACACCAACUGGUUCCUUCAGAUGGAGGAUGAAUGACACCUUAUUCAGAGAUGAAGAAGUGUAUAAAAAGGCCCCAAAAAACUUGAGAGACUAUUUUGAGAUAAAUAUGAACACCAAUGUGGAAAAAAGAGUAAUCUGGGACGCUAGCAAAGCUGUUAUGAGAGGGUUCUUGAUACAACAGAAUGCAUUAAAGAAGAGAACUCAAAAUGAGAAGAAGGAUAAAAUUUUGGAGAAAAUAAAAGAAAGUGAAAAGAAAUUGAGAGCAAAACCUAAGUCGCAAGAGAUUUUGAGAGAAAUAAAAUUACAUCAAGUACAAUAUAUGAAAAUGAUGAAUCAGGAGAUAGAAUGGAAAAUCAAACAAAUGAGGCAAAAAACAUUUGAGUCGGCUAAUAAAUGUGGGAAAUUGUUGGCUUGGCAAAUGAAAAAAAGACAAAAAUUAAAUACAGUUACAAAUUUAGAAGUGGAAGGAAGGAAUAUACAGAACCCAGUUGAGAUUAGAAAUUGUUUCCAGAGGUACUUUAAACAAUUAUAUACACAAGGACCACAGAAAGAAAUUGAUUUAGAUCGAUUUCUGAAAACAAAUGGAUUACAAAAAAUCUCUCAGGAAAGUAAAUCAAUGUUGAAUUAUAAAAUAACAGAACAGGAGAUAGAAGGUGCCAUUCAGAAUAUGCAACUAGGUAAAUCUCCAGGACUGGAUGGACUGACCUCUAAAUAUUACAGAUCCUUAAAAGAAUGGUUGGUACAACCUUUGAAGGAAGUCUGUAACGAAAUAAUGGGUGGGAAAAGGGCACCAGAGUCGUGGAAAGAAGCGUAUAUUACACUUGUACCGAAAACAGAGACUGAAAAGACGCAACUUAAGAACUACUGCCCCAUCUCAUUGCUUAAUGUGGAUUAUAAAAUCUUUGCAGACAUUUUGGCUAAAAGACUAAAAAAAGGGUUAAUGGAAGAGAUUCAUAAAGACCAAGCAGGCUUUCUCCCGGGUAGACACUUGUCGGAUAAUGUGAGAAACAUAAUCAACAUCUUAGAAAAAUUAGAAGUGAACAUAAAUACUAAGGCAGUUUUGAUAUUUGUGGACGCGGAGAAAGCUUUUGACAAUAUUUCCUGGAGCUUUAUGAAGAAGAACCUACAGGGGAUGGGGGUAGGCCAAGGCUUUGAAAAUGGUAUAAGUGCAAUUUAUUCAGAACAAAAGGCUAAAUUAAUUGUAAAUAAUGUGGUGACGGAAGAAUUUAAGAUAGAAAAAGGGACACGACAAGGUUGCCCAAUCUCCCCAUUGCUUUUUAUAUCGGUCCUGGAGGUUUUGCUGAAUAUGAUUAGAAGGGACCAGUUGGUUAAAGGUAUACAAGUCGGAGCCAAACAGUACAAAUUGAGAGCAUUUGCAGAUGACUUAGUAUUGACGUUACAGGAGCCAGAAUCUAGUACCAAAAGGGUUUUAGAACUGAUUCAAGAAUUUGGUCAGGUUGCAGGAUUUAAACUGAAUAAGUUAAAAACCAAGGUUUUAGAGAAAAACUUAACACCGAUUGAGAGAGAGAGGUUUCAGAAUGAGACAGGUUUAACAGUGGUUAAGAAAGUGAAAUACCUGGGGAUUAACAUGACAGCAAAAAUGGGAAUUUAUUUAAAGACAAUUAUGAAAAAUGCUGGGCUGAAGUGAAAAAAGAUUUAGAAAUUUGGUCAAAUUUGAAGCUUUCACUGUUGGGCCGUAUUGCUGCGAUAAAAAUGAAUGUAUUGCCUAGAAUGUUGUUUUUGUUUCAAACAUUGCAAAUUGUGGACAGAAUGGACUGUUUCAAGAAGUGGCAGAGAGAUAUUUCUAGAUUUGUCUGGCAGGGCAAGAAGCCUAGAAUAAAAUUUAAAAUACUAACAGAUGCAAAGGAAAGAGGUGGAUUUGCCCUGCCAGACCUUAAACUUUAUUAUGAAUCAGCAGCUUUUUGCUGGUUGAAAGAAUGGCUGCUUCUUGAAAACACAGACAUUUUGGACUUAGAAGGUUUUAACAAUGUAUUUGGAUGGCAUGCAUAUCUGUGGUAUGAUAAGGUCAAAGCACAUAAAGCAUUUAAAAACCAUAUUGUCAGGAAAGCAUUGUUCAAUGUUUGGAUAAGAUAUAAGGACCUAUUGGAAAACAAAACCCCAAGGUGGCUGUCACCGAUGGAAGCGAAAGCUCUGAAAAAGCUCAAUAUGGAGGUAAAAUGGCCGAAAUAUUGGGAAAUUUUGGAAUAAGAUGGAGAUAGACUGAAACUUCAGAGUUUUGAGAAAUUAAAAAACAAAGUGUGAGACUGGCUUCAUUAUUAUCAGAUAAUGGAGGCAUAUAAUUUGGACAAGAAAAUUGGCUUCCAGGUGGAAAAAUCAAAAUUAGAAACAGAACUGCUAGAACCCAAAACUAAGAAUCUGUCAAAGAUGUAUAACUUGCUGUUGAAAUGGAAUACACAGGAUGAAACGGUGAAAUCAGCUAUGAUUAAAUGGGCACAAGACGUUGGACAUAACAUAAUGAUGGCUGACUGGGAACAGUUAUGGACCACAGGUAUGAAGUUUACGGCAUGUAAUGCCUUAAGAGAGAAUAUUAUGAAAAUGAUAUACAGGUGGUACAUGACACCAGUCAAGCUUGCAAAAAUCUAUCACUUGCCCGAUAAAAAUGUUGGAAAUGUAAAGAAACUGAAGGUACAUUCUUUCACCUUUGGUGGACGUGCCCAAGGAUUAAGGCUUUCUGGGAGAUGAUUUAUAAUGAAAUGAAAAGGGUAUUUAAAUAUACCUUUCUGAAGAAACCAGAGGCCUUUCUCCUGGGCAUGGUCGGCCAAAUGGUGCUAAAGAAGGAUAGAACUUUCUUUAUGUAUGCCACAACAGCAGCAAGAAUACUUAUUGCAAAGUAUUGGAAGACACAAGACCUACCCACUCUGGAAGAAUGGCAGAUGAAGGUGAUGGACUACAUGGAAUUGGCCGAAAUGACUGGCAGAAUCCGAGACCAGGGAGAAGAGUCGGUGGAAGAAGACUGGAAGAAAUUUAAAGACUAUGUACAGAAAUAUUGUAAAAUUAAUGAAUGUUAGAAUGAUGUUAGAAUGAAGUUAAGUGGUUUAAGCAGCAAUGCUAUAAAGGUGUAUGUAAAAAUGGACUGUUAACAGGUGAAAAUCCAAAGUUAUAGUGUAUUAAGUUAAAGGACUAAGAGAAAAUAAAGAGGGAAAGAAAUUGCUGAAUUAACUAACUGAAUUGGAAUACAAAAAAGGGAGGUAUGAGGAGGUCAGGGAAGUAAGGAAAUGAAUGUAAGGCAUGGAAAGACUGGUGUAUUUUUAAGUGUGUUUUUUUCUUUUUUUUCCUGUAUUUUGUAUUUUUCUUGUAUUUUUACUUUUGUCUUUUGUUUUUUCUCCUUUUCUUUACUUAUGUAAUUCUUCUUUUUGAAAUCUUAAUAAAUAUCAUUAAAAAAAAAAAAAAAACUCCCAGCAGCCGCAGUCAGCAUUGCCAAUAGGCAAAUAUGGGGCAAGCUGUAGUUCAUCCUAUAAAUAUUCAUUGCUAGAUCAGUACUAGCACCUAUUGACAUUAGCAUCCACUGCCAUAAUCUUCUGGCACAGAAUUGUGUCCAGCCCGAUUCUUUGGGCAGAAGACAUGGCCAAGCAUAGCCCCUCCUUGCCAACAAUAAGGAACUUGAGAUGCGCAAGCCCCAAGAAAUGUGGGGCCACCCCAAAUACUUUUGACAGUCUCUUGCACCCCAAGCAAAUGUAGGACUAGGUGCCAUUCUGUGCCGUCUCACAGAAGGGGCUCCCCUGGAGGUGUAGGUGUUUGACUUACAGUGUCCCAAAGCUUAUUUUGGAUUGUGCAGCCCCUGGUCCUUACCAUUGCACUGGCUGCUAUUGGCAUGAGGAUGCCCUGCUUUGUGGUGUUCUGUGCUGUCUGCUGGUCACUUCCUGUCUGAAGCAUGGGCCCACCAGGGAAGAGACCUCAGCAGAACACAUGGGGCUUCUCAAGACUCUACACGGGAGGUGGCCUGAGCCACUAUUCCAAGUGGUCACCCUUAUUCAGCCUAUGAAGAAAGCCUGUUUUGCUCAAAGCUGGGCAUAGCAACUUUCAAGAUGUGGUUUCUUAUGCUAGCCUGACUGUCUCAAAUUAUUUUGCAAGUAUGUUAAGCAUUUGUGGGUGUGUUUUUUGUUUUUUGUUUUUGCUAUUUUCAUUAGGAUAGAGUUCACCAGAUGCAGUGCAUUAUCCAGGUAGACAAACAACUAAGAGGAGGUUACUUGGUCUAACAUGUUUCUCUCUGCCCUCCCUCACCCUCGCUUUCAUCCAGCUGAACCAGAGUUCAAGUAUAUUGCAAAUAUGCAUGGCAAUGAGGUAGUAGGAAGAGAGCUUCUCCUUAAUCUCAUUGAGUACCUCUGCAAGAACUAUGGCACAGAUCCUGAAGUAACUGACUUGGUCCAAAACACUCGGAUCCACAUCAUGCCAUCCAUGAAUCCUGACGGCUACGAGAAAGCCCAUGAAGGUAGCUGUGUGUUUUCAUAUUGUGCUUUCCACCACUGGUGGCUUUAAGGCAGGGGUCAGUAAACUACGGCCCGUGAGCCGGAUCCAGCCCAAUUGCCCUCAGGAUCCGGCCAGCGGACGUUCUGUGGAUCGGCGAUUCUGUUUGUUUGUUUUCCCCCGUUUUUUCUUUUCCACGGCACCGUCUCCCUCCCUCUCACACACCGUGGCUUCUCCCUGCCCUUCUCCCUGCCCUGCGUAGUGGAGGAAGGGGGCUGGGCUGAACUGGCUGAGCGCCAUUUUGGACAGCGCCUCUCCAGAGCCAGCCAGCCCUUUUGGGCCGCUUGUCCCACCACCGACAGCCUCUGACGCUCACAAGGGCAGGCACAGAAACCACGACUGGCAGAGUGCAGCGCAGCGCCUCUCCAAACCAUGGCUCCUGUGCCUGCCCUUGUGAGUGGCAGAGGCUGGCGGCAGCGGCAGUGGCAGUGGCAGUGGCGCAGCAGGACGAGCGGCCCGAAAGCAGCCCUCGCAAGGGCAGGCACAGGAGCCGUGGUUGGGAGAGGUGCUGCGCUAAUGGCAGCAGCAUAGGUGGGAAGGGGGAGUGGAGGGGCUGGGGGGGAGAGAGAAGCCUUCUCUGCCCCCCGCGCAUGCGAACCAGCCCGCCACAAGGUCUGAGGGAUGUUGAACCGGCCCCCUCCAAAAAAAGUUUGCUGACCCUUGCUUUAAGGGAAGGCAAAGGUAAUCCUCCUGAGAGGCAACAGUUUUCAUUUGUUUUCAUUACCCAGCUUUUACCACAAGGGUCCCACUUCCUUGUUUUUUCUUUUGCCAUGCCAGAAUGCCUGCCUUUGUUUUGUUCAUGGCAUCUUAUCUCCCCAGUCGGUCUUUUAAGGGCAACUUAUUCCAUUCAUCUCCAUUUUAGCAAGAGGACAGUUAUUUGGCAGGGAUCUGAUCCAGGGAUAUUUCAUCAGAUCUUCUGGCAUUUUAACAUGGUCCAAGAGAAUUAUUAUUUCUGGAGCGCCUAGAAAGACCAGGCACUUCACAUAAAACAAAGCUAAGAUGCUUUUUCUGCUUUCAAACAUGCAAUGUGCAAGGAAAGAAGAGUGGAAGGAAAUGGCUGUUCUUGGUGGAGAGGUGGGUUUUUGUAUCAGGCAUUUAAAUAUAUCGGUAGAGGCUGGAGGGAGGUAUCAGGUAGUACAGUGAUAGGAGGCAGCAAGUAAGAACAGGUGCAGUCAGGGACUUGGAGAAUGUAAUCUUGGGUUUAUGAAGAGCAGAGGGACCAGGGACACAAAGAAUAGAAUUGCAGAAGAACCCUGCAAGGUUCUUCUAACCCAGCACCCUGAUCUCAUGUAGGCCAACGAGAUGCCUCUUCUGAGAAGCUCAACAGGCUUUGUUUUCUUUUCUUAGGAGACCGAUUGGGGAUUGUUGGCAGAAACAACAGCAACAACUAUGACCUGAAUCGGAACUUCCCUGAUCAGUUCUUCCAGAUCACUGACCCUCCACAGCCAGAGACAUUAGCUGUCAUGAGCUGGCUGAAGACCUACCCAUUUGUGCUUUCUGCAAACUUGCAUGGAGGUAAGAGAAUCCUGGUCUCUUGUAGGUUGAAGGUAGGGUUAUGCUGCUGAGUACCCUGCAGGCAAAGCUUAAGUAAGCAGCUGUGGAGGUAAACUGGAUCUCAUUGUGCCUGUGGAAGUUCCAUCCCUUCUAAAUUUUUUUUCUCUGACCUCUGGGGUCAUUGCAAGAAAAUUUAGCAAGUGGCUGGAAGGACCUUGAGGAAACUGUGCUUCAAGGUCUGGAACUGGAUCUUGCCAGUGGGCCAGAUAGUUAUCUCCCCCAUCUCCUAUGUGGCCACCCACCUGUCAAUCACCUGAUGUCACAAUGACUUUUCUGCACCAUGUGGGUCUUGCAAGAGUAUUUUGCAAAAGCUCUCCACAAGCCCCUAUCGGGAAGCCCUUUCAAAACGCUAUUUUGCAUUGGGGGUUGCAGACACUGCUAGUAGUGCCUGCAAACUGGCUGAGCCAGGUUUUUAACUUGCCCCACCCACACCUGAUGUCACCUGUGAUGUUGGGUGUAGAGCAGGUGGGCAUGACUUGACCAAAAUGGUGGACCUAAUGAGGCUUGUGGGCCAGAAGCUCACCACCUCUGUUGUAUAGUAAUGGGACUCAUUAUAAAACAUGCUCUCUGCAGCUUUUUGAAAGGAGAUUUUUAACCCAGUUGAUAACUGUACUGGAUUUGAAAUGGGUUUUUUAUACAUGCCAUUAUUUUAUAUAUGUAUUUAUUGUAUUGUGAAGUUGCUUUGAGAUGCUUCUGAGAAAGCAAUUCAUAAAUAAAUGACAAUAGCUUGGUUUUUUUUAAACUUACACCCUUUAUCCCAAGACCUUUCGAGGGGGUCUGUAAAUAGAGACACUCUAGAAGGCUCAGCCCAACCUUGUUAGCCUUCCCCCACCCAAUUUUACUGUAUUGCUAGUAGUUCCCUAGGCUACUUGGCUGCUAUUGCUGUGACCCAAGAUUGAUAUCUUUUUUUAAAAAAAAAUUGUAUUUUGUCUGAUGGCAUUUAGCCGGGAAGUCUGUCCUUGCUCAACUUUUAAGUCACAGCCUGUAGUAAAGUGCCAUCUGCAUUCAGUGUCAAAGCUUCUCAGUAGCUGUUUCAUUUCCUUGUCUUUUGCCAUACUAAGUGACAAGUGAAUGUGACUUGCUGUCUCUUAGACCAAGUGAAUUCCAGUAAGUGGCCUCAGUGUUGCUACACAAUCUUCAUUGUUGCCUGUGUUUACUGAGCUUUGUCCUGUAGUUAAUCCCUGAGACUAGGGACAUAGCAGGCUGGCUUGCUGAUGGAUGGAUUGAUUGGUUAUUUAAUUUCUAUAUCACUUAAUAUACUAAAAAUCUAAGUGGUGUACAAAAAACUGAAGCAACAACAGACAACUUAAACCAAAUAUUAAAAAAAUAUACUGUUACAUAUAAAAAAUGUAAUAUUUGUUCCUUAGCACGUUGGCAAAGCAGCCACCUUGUAAAAAAAACCCUGUUAGGUCCAUAUUUUCCAUAGUUCCUUUAUUUUCUUUCAGGCUCUUUAGUGGUUAACUACCCCUAUGAUGACGACCAACAAGGAGUUGCGACAUAUAGUAGAUCCCCUGAUGAUGCAGUCUUUCAGCAAAUUGCACUUUCCUAUGCCAAGGUAAAAUUUCUCCCAGUGUGUCCUUUUGAGAUCCUGAAAUCAGAUUCUCAGAGCUUUCAGUUCUUAACAUGGAAAGCUGUUUCACGCUUCCUUCCUUCUGUAAACAGAGAUGUUUUCGGUUAUAUGUACAAGAUCAUGGCAGGAAGGUUAGCUCCGUGAAAGACAUAGAGUAAUUCUGUGACGUGAGCAAAAUAAGAUGUCUGUUUUAGAUGGUGGAUAAUGGCACGGUCUGUGGACUGAGCUACAUCUCAUAUCAUCGGCUUGUCCAUUUGGGGGAAGUAAAUACUUUCCCUGAUGGCUUUGGCCAUAGCUCUUGCCAGAUUUCUGUUCUCCUCUCUCUUUGUCCUUUUCUUUCUCUCUUUCGUACACACACAAGUGUCUUGUGGAUUGAGGAUUUAGAACCACUGGUCUGCAGUGGUUGGUGUCCAAUUAAGACUGGGGUGUCUUUGGUUUAAAUCUGCACUCAGCUAUGAUACUUACUGGGGACACAUUCAGCUUAACCUACUUUGCAAGGUGUUUGUAGAAAAAGUGGUGAGAUUGUUUAAACAUUGUAUUCUGCCUCAGCUUCUUGAACAAAAACUAAAGUUAUUACAUUAAUUGCUUAAUCUACUCAAGUAUACAAGUUUGUGAACAGAAGUUGAAAAAUUGUAUAAAUAAAUAGUUUGGACAUGGAUUUUGGGAGGCCUGAAUUCAAAGGCUUAUGUUUAUGUACAGUGAUAAUCAGGUGCAUAUUAAUUGGUGCCAUUAUGUUUGAACUGUCCAUGUCUUCAAAUGCAGCACAGUAACUGGGAAAUAAAAGCACUUGGUUGUAGCCAGUUAGGUCUACUCUAGUAGGAGUUGGCUAGAAACAGCCCAUUAACUCUGGUGCUGUCAGGAAAUCCAGUUUUCACAGGUGGUCAUCCUUUGCUCUUCCAGGAGAACGCACGGAUGUUUGAGGGUCACCCCUGUGCAGACAUGUAUCCUGGCGAGUACUUCCCUCAUGGCAUCACCAAUGGAGCUCAGUGGUAUAAUGUUCCAGGUAAAACUAAGGCACCGUUCAUUCGGGAGUCUGCAAAACCAAUCCUGUCUGCCAUGGCUUGUGGCAUUCCAAUCCACUCUAGGUGGUUUUGCAUUCUAGAGGUGAAGAAAAUCUUGUUUCUGACAAACCAGAUUGAAAUAUAACAAGAAUUAUAUUGAAAUUCUUUUAGUCUAAGGAAAUUGUACAAUGGGCUGCAUCCUCUUCAAAUCUCCCCCCCCCCAAAAAAAAAGUUUAAAACUAGCUAACUUGCUAUAUCUACCUUACACCUGGGCACAAGUGCUGCAGAAAGAAUAACUUGUAUCUUCUUCCAGACAGUGUUUCCCAUCCCCUGCUUGCUCCUCCUACCUUGUGGUUUUACUUUAUUUUUGCAUCUUUUAUACGAAGAGUCAAAAGCACACUGUUCAUUAAAGAACAAUCCUGCUUGCCUUUGUUUAGGCCUCAUGUUAAGCCUGGGCUGUCGUCCUUUGUACUAAUGCAUACCUGCUCAAAAGCAACAUUCCUUAUUUGUUUCACAGGCUCAGGGCAUCAUUCUGGAGUUAGAAUUCCAGCUCUCAAUUCAUUAAGUGACAGAUUUGUUUGUGUGUAUCAUGCUACAAAGGUCCUUGCUAAGCAGAGGCAUUUGAUAGGGCUCUUCUGAUAAAUCAUUGUUCUUCAGGUGGCAUGCAGGACUGGAAUUACUUAAACACCAAUUGCUUUGAAGUGACCAUUGAGCUGGGCUGCAUCAAAUAUCCUCAGGCAGAGGAGUUGCCAAAAUACUGGAAGCAGAACCACAGGUCUCUGCUGCAAUUCAUCAAGCAGGUGAGCUGGUGUGUUGUCUUCACAGCUGUUUGCCUUUUGCUGCCUCAAUCUCUUGUGCCAUGAAUUGUUGGAACAGGCAUGACAGCAUCUUUGUGUACUGUCACAAUGAGAAGGCAAACUCUUUACACAGUGCCCUGUUAAACAGUUCAUUCAAGUAUCAAAUUUGGAUAAAUGAGUAAUCGUAGAAUGACAUUUUGUGGCUUUUCUAGGAGAUUCUUCUAAGACUGAGCACAAGCCCCUUCCAGUAAAGGGUGUGUGUGUGUGUGUGUGUGUGGCCAGGGUUGAACCUUUCUGCAUUAAAAAAUAAAGACACUCAUUUUCCAGUUAGUGUGUGCAUAUAUGUUUUAUAGUAGGCACUAAGCCUUAGGAAUGGGCAGUCUUUGAGGAUGCCUGCAUGAAAAAGAUUUUCCCUUGAAUUUCUUGUAUUCUGAACUUCCAGAAUAGGGCACCUUCUAAACCCAAGGGUGGGGAACCUUUUCUCCUGUUGAAUCUGUGUGUGUAUGUGUGAGUGCCUACCAGCAGUGAGAAGAGCCAGAGGUUGGGGGUGGGUACUCCAUUCUCUUUUUGCCCAGGAUUCAUAUUCAUUCUCUCUCUCUCUCACUCUGCCCAGGUCCACCAAGGUGUCAAAGGGUUUGUGUUGGAUGCCACAGAUGGACGGGGCAUCUUAAAUGCAACCAUCAGUGUUGCGGACAUUGAUCACCCUGUCUCUACCUAUAAGAGUGGAGACUAUUGGCGCCUGUUGACCCAGGGAACAUACAAAAUUACAGCAUCUGCACGAGGGUGAGUCUUUCAACUUUGUAUUUGACAUCUUUUCUUCUUUCGCCUAAAGCAGAAUGCUGCAGCCUGAUUGCUGACAGGAGUAAGGCAUUAUCAGCAUAUAACACCUGUGCUCAGAGAUCUACGCUGGUUGCCGAUUUGCUACCAGGGCAAAUUCAAGGAGCUACUAUUAGGAGUUGGUCCAUGAAAAUACGUUGUGUUGGAAGAAAGUGACAGGUUGUAAAAGGAAGGAUUCACUUUUAACUUGGAAUUGGGGGCUUUCUCCCAAAUAGACUGUGAGCCUGUAGGAUAAAAUGUUCUCUGUAUGGCAUGGUGUUGGAACUCACCCUGAGGCCGUAUGGUGUGAAAUCAGAAAUAAAUACUCUGGGAUCAAUAACUGCUAUUGCUGUUGAUUAAGCUGCUGGGCCAGUGGCUCUUUUCAGCGAACACUAUUUAAUAUUGCUACUCCCUUUAUGAACUUGCUUGACAGUCACUGAGUUAGAGCCGGUAGCACCAUCUGUUGGCCAAGAAGCAAAGCGUAUGUUCACUUCCUGGUCAUGCCCUAAAAACCCUGCUUUAAGAAACCAGGAGAUGCCCAUUCUGUAUGCUGGAGCCCAGAGUUCCUUUGCAGCCACUUUGUUCUUCUUUUUGCCUGAACUGCUGAACAAAACCAGAUUCAUGACUUAAUCCCAGAGCUUCCUGUUGUGGGUGAACCCAGAGACUUAUGUUAAUGGCUUCCAUACAGUCCAUGAUAUGAACCCAACUUUAAACCAUGAUAUGCAACUAUAGCAUUCUGUUCACUGGAUCUGUGGUUGGAAUCAACAGUCUGGCAUGUGCCUGUUUCUUCUUGCACAGACAUUCCUUCAAGAUUCCUAACAUAUAUUAAUUGUUACGCUGAAGUUUAAUAACAUAAUAUUUCUUACUUUUCUCAGUAAUCAAUAUAAAAUAACAACAGCCUACAUCCUAUUGCCACAAGCAGUCAGAAUGUUCAGUUUUGUUGUACGCAAAUUUCCCCCUACCUCCUUUUUUUGUUUUUUUGAAAGGUAUAAUUCAGAAACUAAGACAGUGAAAGUUGGAGGUAAAGGUGCAGUGCAGGUCAACUUUACUUUGACUCGAAAAGACUCCAAAGUAGAGGAGGGAACAGUACCAGAUAUAAAUAUGGUUGGCCUCAACGGCACAGUCACCAAAGAGUUUGAGACCCUGAUUAAAGACCUCUCAGCAGAGAAUGGCUUGGAGCGCCUCCUGCUGUCGUCAUCGGCAGAUGUCCAGCCUCAUCGCUACCGUUCCUACAAUGAACUCUCCGAGUCUCUUAGAGGCCUCAACUUGAACUAUCGGAAGAUCACAAAUCUCUCUAGGUAGGUGGAACUCCUGGGCUAUGGGGAAUUCUGUUUGUUCUGGAGAAGUCACAGCUUUGCUAUAAUAAUGAGUCCUCUUUGUAAUCCUGAACAAGCAUUUGACAAGCUUACUCUGAAUAGGGAGUGACCCUGUGUACAUUUCUGGCUAAACAAAAAACAAAUUUGAACACUGAAUCCAGACAACCCACAUUCUGUCCUGAGAAAUCCCAAACUGUAUUCUGCAAACAGAGCAAAGUUUGUUAAUUUUCUCUGAAUUCUUUAUUAUUUAUUCUGCUUUUGUGAAACAUAGAGGGGACAACAAUCUAUGCAGGGAUCUUAGGCUCCUGAAAAAUCCUGUUUUUGCAGCCUCUGGCUUUUGCACGCAUCAGCCACACACAAGGCUCAAGCUGUUCUUUCCAUUAAAAAGCUAACCAGCUGUACUACUGUUUGUUUGUUUGUUUGUUUGUUUGUUUGUUUGUUUGUUUGUUUCUCAGCUUGGGCCAAAGUGUUGAGUUUCGUCAUAUCUGGUCCCUGGAAAUCUCCAACAAACCCAAAGAAUCUGAGCCAGAGGAGCCAAAGAUCCGUUUUGUGGCUGGCAUCCAUGGCAACGCCCCUGUUGGCACAGAGCUGCUCUUGGCCUUGGCAGAGUUCCUCUGCAUGAACUACAAAAAGAACCUGGCCAUUACCAAGGUAGGCUGUUGCAUGUCCGUCAGCUUGCAGAAGAGCUGGGCCUAUCAGCUUCAGGAUGUCCCUUCCGGGCACUCUGUGGACUAUUAGAGGGGGAUGUGGCUUAACAAAGAAUAUGUCUGAGAAGAACUCUCAGGUUGGGUGAGGGAACCUAUGGUGCUUUAGGUGUUGCUGAACGGUGGUGAUGGGAGCUGCAGUUCAACAACAUCCAGAGGGCCCAAGGAUCCCCACCCCUGCCUCAGGAGAUCCAAAGUGAUGCUGAGGGUAAAGGCUGCUGAGACCGAUUUGUCAGCCUCUACUUCUCAGGUCGGGGACGCGGGUGGCGCUGUGGGUAAAUCCUCAGCGCCUAGGGCUUGCCGAUCGCAUGGUCGGCAGUUCGAAUCCCCGCGACGGGGUGAGCUCCCGUCUACGGUCCCAGCUCCUGCCCACCUAGCAGUUCGAAAGCACCCUUAAGUGCAAGUAGAUAAAUAGGUACCGCUUUAUAGCGGGAAGGUAAACGGCGUUUCCGUGUGCUGCUCUGGUGCCGGUUCGUCAGAGCAGCUUCGUCACACUGGCCACGUGACCUGGAAGUGUCUGCGGACAGCGCUGGCUCCCGGCCUCUAGAGUGAGAUGAGCGCACAACCCUAGAGUCUGUCAAGACUGGCCCGUACGGGCAGGGGUACCUUUACCUUUACCUUUACUUCUCAGGUGGGAAAGACAUGGCUUUUACCUAGUAUAUUGGAGCUAAGAGUACAACACCACGAGACUUCAAUAAAUCUGACCUAUAAUAAUAAUAAUUUAUUAUUUAUACCCCGCCCAUUUGGCUGGGUUUCCCCAGCCACUCUGGGCGACUUACAACAAAAUAUCAAAAUACAGUAAUCCAUCAGACAUUAAAAGCUUCCCUAAACAGGUCUGUCUUCAGACCAAGGGAUAGCCGUGAGAGCAUUCGAAGUGGUCCCAUUCAAGCAGUGACAGGCACUUAUGGGAGGGGCAAACACUGCUUUCAUUUCACUUUUGGAGAUUCCUCAACUUCUCUUCAGUUCUCCCAGACUGUCAAACUGCUGAAAGUUGUGGGAUGUGGAAUAAUGGUGGAGGGCCUCCUGCACUUCCCGCUUCUCCAGUAGAGGCAGUUCUGUGCAAAACAGCCUUGGCUGCUCCUUCCCACCCUAGUCCUGCCACUUAUCCAAGGAAAAGCCAACUUCCCUCUUUCUUCACACCCACCCCCUUUAGAUGGACAGGGUCGGCUGAUGCUUGAUGAUUCUCCCUUACUGUUUCUGUGUGGUUUUUUUAGCUGAUUGACAAUACAAGAAUUGUCAUCGUGCCGUCCCUGAAUCCAGAUGGGCGAGAGAUUGCUCAGGAGAGAGACUGCACUUCAAAGACUGGCCUGACCAACAUCCAUGGCAAAGAUCUGGACACUGAUUUCACAAGUAAAGCACACACCCUCCUCUUCCUGUGCCAAAUCCUUUCAUCCUAACCUGGGGAGGGGUGUCUAAUGGGUUAAAGAGAGCCCUGUUGUGGCACUGUACUAAUUGCCUUUAUCUACGCACUUUGAUGGCUUGCCAUUGAAUAGAAAUGUGAGUGAAUGGUCAGGUGCUUCAGUGCUGUGGCAGCAGCCUUGGCAAAGCUUAUGUACUGUCUGGAGUCACCUGUUACUCACCAGGUUGUUACUGAGUUGUUUGCUUGCCUCAAGUCUUGAGAACCUCUGUGUCUUACUCCAUUAGGCAAUUCCUCUGGGGCAAGAGAACCAGAAACCAAGGCCAUCAUGGACAACCUGAUACUGAAGCAAGACUUCAGCCUCUCUGUUGCCUUGGAUGGAGGAUCUCUGCUUGUCACUUACCCCUAUGACAAGCCUGUGCAGACAGGUAAUGGUUGUGCCAUCCUCUGAGUACUUUGGAAACAACUUGUGGGAUUAUCUUCAAUCUUUUAAAGAGCACUCCAUUCCCUGCUGCUUCUUGAGAGAGUAAACUAGACAUGGAGAACCGGGACCGGGCAUGGGGAAUUUUUGACCAUUCAGAAGUUGCUGAACUACGGCUCCCAUCAUCCCUGGCCAUUGAGAAUGCUUGGCUUCUCAUUGGCUAUUAUAAUGAGACCAUGACAUUUGCUGUCUGCCUCGAGCAGCACAGGCUGAAUCGCACACUUGUUGACUCUCUAACUUCCCUUUUCUUUUUAUAGUGGAGAACAAAGAGACUCUGAGAUAUUUGGCAUCUGUGUAUGCCAACAACCAUCCUACAAUGCAUCUGGGCCAGCCUAGCUGUCCAAACAAGUCAGGUAUGUGCCCAGGGUGCUCUGGACCUUUUGGGGAAGGCUUGUUUCCUACAAAGGGCUUCUGAUUUUAUGUUUCUCUCUUGCAGAUGAGAAUAUUCCUGGAGGAGUGUUGCUUGGGGCUGAAUGGAACAGUCACCUGGGAAGCAUGAAGGUAUUUCACAGUUGUACUACACUUUGGGGAUCUAGUUUCUCUUAGCCAAAUUCAAUCAAAGUUGCCAGUGGUGGUGCUUUGGUCCAGUCCUGUCUCUCUUUCCCGCCACAAACCCUCUUUUUGCAUUUGUUUUUCUCAGGAUUUCAGUCUUUCCUACGGACACUGCCCAGAGAUUACGGUAUACACUGGCUGCUGUUACUUUCCCAGUGCGGGGCAGCUUCCUACUCUCUGGGCAGAGAAUAAGAAAUCUCUUCUCAGCAUGCUAGUGGAGGUGAGUUUGGACUUGAAUGCAUUCAAGCUUUUGUUUGCAAUUGCUCAGAAUGGGCUGGACACCACAUUAGAUUUAAGGAUGGAAUUUCUUGUAGCUGUUUACUGUUGGAUAUUCAUUGUACAUGGAACCGAUAUUAAAAAAUGUAUACACAUAAAUCAUUAAACAGCACAGAGCACUCAUUAAAACGACUGUCUACCCAAGCAAAUAUUAAACAACUGUCAGCGUUAAAGGCUUCAGGAAAAGCCUGAAAAUCCAGAGUGAGGCUGCCAGCAGAAUCUCUGCUAGAAUUGUGAUCCCAAGCAUGGGACCAGUGGCACCCAGUACUGACUUCCAACUGAGGCCAGGCAGACCUCUAUGAAAUGGAGGACAACUAACAGCUCUCCUCUGGGUGAUAUAGUGAGGACCCAGUAAAGGUGUAAUGAAUGAGCUGGGAUUUUGGACAAGGUUUAUGCUGGUUUUAAAUCCUCCUUGGCUCUGAGGUUUGUUGGGUCAUCCUGGGCCCACUGCCUGCCACUCUGCCUGAUAAUGCGUUGCGUUCCCAGUCAUAAGCCUUGAGGGUAAGGCAAUGAGGAAAUGUAACAUCAGGAACAUAUGUCUUGCUUAAUUUUUGUGUGUAUUUUGUUCCGUGGAGGUUUCCUUACUUCAGGGAUGGGGAAUCCUUUUCAAUUCAAGGGCCACAUUCCCCUCAUGGUCAAUAUUAUGGGAGCCACAUGCCAGAGUCAAAAAUGGAUGAAGAAGCAGAUGCAACUCUUUCUUUUGUACAAUUGGCUAUACAUUCCAGCCUUGUAAAGGUUUCUACAAUCCACCCACCUGUGGCUAUCUCUCAGUCCAGGCAAGCAAGAGGGCAGAUAGGCAAAAGCAUUUGCGGAGAGCAGGGAGCAGGACCAGGGAGAGGGAGAGGGGUAUGGCCUGCACAGUCCACAUAGAGAGGCCUGGAGAGCCACAUCCAACCUGCAGACCAGAGGUUUCCCCACCUUCGUCUUAUCCCAUAGAGAAGAGAUUUGUAUCCUUACAGAAAAUGACUUAUUGAUGUACACCUUCUCAGAUUCCUUCCUUUCCUUCCAGGUUCAUAAAGGAGUCUACGGGUUUGUCCGAGACAGGCAUGGACAGCCAGUGUCGAAAGCUCAAAUUGUGCUCAACGAAGGGGUAAAAGUCUACACUAAGGAAGGUGGUUAUUUCCAUGUGCUGCUGGCUCCUGGCUACCAUAAGAUCCAUGCCAUAGCGGAAGGCUAUCAGCAGCAGCAUGUCAAGGUAUGGGAAAAGCACACCACAGCCUUGUUUCAUGAGCCUGGUGGAAGAUGUGAUUGAGGCAGCUUUGGCUUGAGUUGGGAAGAAAUGCAGCAUGAGACCUGAAGGAUUUCUUUGGAAGGCGACCACACAGGAACCUUCUGCGAAUUGGGAGCCAGAGCUGUGUGACAGAAGGCAGAUGAGAAGUCCUGGCUGUAAAGAGGAACUGAGAACAGUGGGGGUUUGGAAAGGGAGACACUGUGUACUUUCAGAAGGUCAAAAGGGAUUUAAGGAUUAGGACACCAAAUUGUGCAGGAACUCUUUGUGCCCAGGAACUCUUUGAGAGGAGUCAUCUCUCUUGUUGUGGGCAAGGAGAUCAUGAGGAAAGGGGGUCUGCCACUGCAAGAGAAACAUGAACUUACCUUCACAUUGAAGGCAAGAAUGUUACAUGUGAACCUCUCAGAGGUUCCCACUCCACCCGAAAGGUAUCCCACCACACUCCAAGCACCUGGGAAUUUGGCUUUCUAACCUAUUUGAGUUUGACAACAUUUGUGUGUUAGGGACUGAGACAGAGUCCCCCCCCCCCAGCCAUUGUGCUUAAAACGUACCCUAAGAUUCUGUCCUUGCCUUCCCCACAAAACGAGUUCAGUGCAGACUUUUUCCUUAUUCCAUAAGAGAGUCCCAAGCCCCUGGCUGCUGGUACAUUCAGAGUGGGGCGUGUUGGCUUCUUUUCUCACUUAACCCUGGACUUGUGCUUUCAUCCACACAAUUGCUGAAAUGUGUACUGCUUCUUUCCAGGUCUUGGUUCGCCAUGAUAUGGCUAGCUUUCUCCAUGUGCAGUUUGACACGGACAACAAGAUCUUUGGCCUUCCAAGGGAGUUGGUGGUUACGGUAGCAGGUGAGAGCCCACAUUACUGUUCCCUCUUGUGUGUUGUGGGGGGAAGUGUCUGUGUCUGAAUGUCUAUUUAGGAGGCCAGGAAGUAAGACAUUUCACCACUUUGGCUCUUUAAAGACUUGAGCCAUUUUCUCUUUCUGUGACCCCUGCAUGCCCCAUGGCUCUUGAAUUUAAGAUGACUUUGCUUGCUAUGAAGAACACCUUCAUAUAUUAAUAUGUGGGAGGUAUUUUCUUACGUAAACAUGCAAAAUGUAAUGUGUGUAAAUGUAACUUAGGUGCAUGAUAAACCCAUGGAGUUACAUGUGUCGUCUUCUGUUAAAGAAGCUUCUGCCCUUGUCCUAAUGUUGAUGUGUGGGUUUUGAUUUCUCUCACACACAACCCCCUUUUUCCAGGUGCUACCAUGACAGCUGUGAUCCUGACAGCCUGCAUCAUCUGGUGUGUGUGUUCCAUCAAGUCCAACCGGCACAAGGACGGCUUCCACCGCUUACGACAGCACCAUGACGACUAUGAGGAUGAGAUCCGCAUGAUGUCCACGGGCUCCAAGAAGUCCUUGCUGAGCCACGAGUUCCAGGAUGAAACGGACACUGAGGAGGAGACACUCUACUCUAGCAAACACUGACCCACCCGGCAGCAGGGAAGUUCCCUGCAGAGACAGAUCCUGCAACACUGAGCAUUUCCCCCUCUCAAGCGAUGGACCCAGAACGUGUGUCCUCCCAAACCUUUGCUCUUGGCUCAUGCCAGUUCCUGGUUUAUGCACAAGGAGGGCACCUCACCCCACCCCACUCUCCAGCUGGCUUCUCUUCUAGUCAGGAGUGCAACUGGAAGCUUGGUUGCUUACAAGCCCACUCCAGGGAGGGGAACGACCAAAUGGUUUUGUGGCGUUGCUAGCACUUCGGCAAUGUUUUCCCUAAGCCCAUCUGAGACUUUUCACUCCAUGCAAUUAUCUGUGGGAAAUUCACUGUAGCUGCCAAGACGUUUGUCUAAACUACUGCUGCUCCAGCAGCAUAUGGAAGUCUCUGGAACCUCUUAAUCUCUUCUGCCUGGGGCAGGGUCAAUGGGUGCAGGGUGUUAGGAAACUGGUCUUUGCUCACUACUUAGAGAAAUUAAGCUCUUCCUUCUGUUAAGAAUGACUUCAGGUUAGGUUAUUUUGGCAGAAGCCUGGUUCAUGGUUACCUUUGACUCCUAGCAAGAGAGGAGCGUUGUAUCAAGAUGCAAGAAACUCUGUCUCUGGUAAGGGGACAGUUCUUUUGAAAAAUAAAAAAUGUGUUUUGGUUGAGUUCUCUCGCACCGAUCCUGCUUCAGAAGUUCUGAUGUUCACUAUUGGACAAUGUAGACUAGCAAGAGUCUAAUGCUAGCUAGAUUGUGAGCCAGAAUUCCUGGCUUGGAUGCCAAAUGGUCCUUCGCAGCUCAUUUUUUUGGAUUCAGGCAGCCUUUGUACAAGCAGCCAGACUAGUGGCUUUCGUGACUGUGUAUCUGUAGUCUAGAAAAAUAUUUCCUCCUAGUAAACCUUAUUAAUAUGCAAUUGCUUUGAAAACUCACCAGGCUACUCCUAACCACAAAAAAACAAGACCAGGGGGUGGGCACCUCCUUCUUGAUCCUUCCUUUUUUGAGCACCAAGUCUGUAACUGCAAAUCUUUUCUUCUGCUGAGAUUAGAUUUUGCUGCUUCUCAAAGUAUCUCCAAAAAGGAGAGAGAAUGUCAGUGGGCCUGUUCUGGAUGGGAAGGCACUACAGUGGUUAUUCCUCAUGUUGCAUGGUACAAGUCUAGUCUCCCCGCCCCCGCUCUUCAGCCACUUGUUUGGAAAUUUCAUUUAUGGACUUUGCAUAUAGUGGGAGUAAAAAGCUGUUGCAAAGCUGACACACAAUUACCACAAGCUUCGGGGAAGGGCUGCAACUCAGUGGUAGAGCAUCCACUUUUCAUAUAGACAGUUUCAGUUUCAAUCUCCAACAGCAUCUCCACAUAGGGCUGGGGAUGUUCCUCCUGCCUGAAACCCUGGAGAGGCACUGCCAGGCAGUGUUGAAGUACUGAGCUAGAUGGACCAAAUGGUCUGGCUUGAUUUAAGGCUGCCUCCUAUUUUUCUGAUGUUUUAUGUUGCACUCUUUGGGCUAGAAAAAUCUCUUAGAAGGUAGACCAGCUCCCUCUUUGUACAUGAUGGAUAUGUGUGUGUCUUUUGUUUCCUUGUUAAACGUCACCAUUUCUUAAGCCUUGUUAGCUUUAUUUGGGGAAGGCAUCAGGGUUAAAAUCCAGUCAGGUGCAUGCUCGCUAGGGGUCAAACCAUGAAGUGGAUGAAUUGCAGCCGAGUGAAGCUGGGCUGUUUUGAGGGUUGGGGAAUGGAAAGGAUUGUGGUGAUUUCUGCAUUGCUGCUGCCAGGCAAGACUGGACAGGCACCACCCAUUUGCAAGUAUUUAUCUGCUGGGUGACGUCCUCUUGCCAAUAUGUAUCUUUGUGUCAUGGGCUCUUACAUCACCUGUGUGGGAAGAUGCAACCUGUCACAGAGUUGGACUAACAAAACUGACCAGUUUUUUUGUUUUUGUUUUAAAGAAAGAUAAUGAAAUCUGUGGGAGGUAAACAAGGCUCAGUCAUUCAUCCUUUGCUAGCUUUCUUAUUGGAACUUGGCUAAAUAUUUCCACCUAUACUGGCUCAGUUUGUUGUGAGAAAUGCUUAUAAGUCACCCUUUGCCAAACUAGUCCCCUUCGCAUGUUUUAGACUACAAUACCCAUCAGCCCUGGUCAGCUUGUCCGAAACCUAUGGAGGGGACCAGCAUGGCAAAGGCUGGUAUAAGUGAUCCACAAGGCCUAAACCAGAUGCUUUUCUCAAACCUCUUAAAACUUGCCAUGAUUGGGAACACAGUGACUGGGAUUGCCACACUUAUUCUAUGGCUUACUGCUAAGUAUACAUACCAUAAUUAUCUGAAACCCCAUGAGAUGAUGCUUUCAGUAUACCCUCUCUAACAGCUAGGGGUAGAAAUACUCUCUAGCCUUUGUUCUCUGUCUGGAUUUGCUCACUGUAAACAGCCCUGUGAUCCUCGGAUGAAGGCCAGUAUAGAAAUUUAAUAAAUAAUAGUAAUUGCAUUCUGUCAAGGCACUCAAGGCUGUUUACAGUUGUAAAAUACUAAACUGAGUAAUAUACAAGACUGCCUCUCAGGCAGACUGAUGUUCCCUUCAGGAUUUGAUGGUAAUAUGCUCCCUGGCCUGGGCUUCCUUAACUUCAGUUUCCCUCCUUCUUAAGUAACUGCAGGGACCAUGAACCCUGGGAUCCCCAACAUGGUGCCUGUGGGCUCAGACAUGUACACACCUAUUUGCACCCACAAAGAUCCCCUCCCCCUCCCAUUUUUAUCCCUUUUAAAAAGUUGAGGUGGUUUGGGGUCUUGCCUGCUUUUCUGUUGUUUGGGGGGGGUGUUAUGUUUUUGCCUCUUUAGGAAACACAGUGACCAGCCUUGCCAGCCUUAUUCCAUGAAAUGGGUAUUGUGUGGUGCCCACAACAGUUUUUUUAUUUUAAUUCCACAUGUGCCCCCCGGGCUUCAAAAGGUUGAAGACAUGAGUUAACACUGUCCCUCUCAUAUCAGCCAGGAUUGGAUUCUAUGAAAUCAAGUUCCUAAGUCUAUAAACAACCUUCCUACCUGUUUUAUCCAUCCCAAAAUACUGUUACAAGAGUCUUCAAUGCUAUCCUAAUCAUCUUCUGCCUUAACUGAUGUUUGGCUUUUAAUAUAUAAUCUUCUGAAGUACAAAUUAUUGAGUGUGGAUUCCAGAUAUCCUUGUUGCCAUAUUAUGGGUCUUGGGUUGGGCCUUCCUAACACAUAUUUAGAGGAUUCUCUCCCUGCCAUUCUUCCUCCUAAACUUCCCAGUUGGCAAUAAGGUGGUAUUUGGGUGGGGCACCAGACCUCUUUGCAGAACUUGUUUGAAAUGUAGAAUCUCAAUGUGGAGGCAAGUUUUGCCUUGAUGAUCACAGGUGGCGGCAUCUGUUUGGUAGCAAUUAUGCAAAGGUGCUUAAAGAACAACAAAAGUGCGUCCUGCUCCUGCUCUGUGCGACACCUUAUGCCUUUGGAGGAUCUGGUGUUUGCUUCUGUGGUGCAGAAGAGUGGUCUGCAACUGCUGCUGGUGUGUAACCCAUCCCUGUCUUAGUCCAUGCACUGUUGUGCCUUCAAAAGCAGUUUGAAAUUAGGGGCUUGACUUGGGAAUGCAAACCAGUGGGUGUGAAUGGGGGGUGGGGUGGCUUGAUGACUCUUCUGUGAGUGUGUGUUGGGUUUUUUAACAUGUACACUGAGCUCUAAUCUGUAUAAAACUAUUUUAUGACGUCUCUUCUUCCUGUGUCUUAUUUGUUUCACCGCUGGUUACAUUCCUUGGUGUAGAUCAGAGUUUAUAUGCAGGGGCAUCUUUUUCCAGAUCAAAUGCAAAAUACACACACAGCUGCCU